GGCUCGUGGCUGGAGGACCUCCAUCUUCCACAGGCUCUGGAAGUUAAACCCCGCCUUAUUCCGGCGUGGAGUCUACCGCUGCCCCUCAUCUCCUGUCCUCGAUCCUCUGGGAUCUCCUUCCGUGGAGGCCAUGGAUACCUCGACACCCUUGCCUCCCGUCUCCCCGUCCCCGAGCUGCAACCCAGCCCCACGGACCAUCCAGAUCGAGUUCCCUCAGCAUAGCUCAUUGCUUCUGGAAGCCCUGAACCGGCACAGGCUAGAGGGAAAGUUCUGUGAUGUGUCCCUCCUGGUGCAGGGCCGGGAACUGAGGGCGCACAAAGCGGUGUUGGCUGCUGCUUCUCCUUACUUCCACGACAAACUUCUUUUGGGGGAUGCGCCGCGCCUCACCCUGCCCAGCGUCAUUGAAGCGGAUGCCUUCGAGGGGCUGCUCCAGCUCAUUUAUUCAGGGCGCCUCCGCCUGCCACUGGAUGCGCUCCCUGCCCACCUCCUUGUGGCCAGUGGCCUCCAGAUGUGGCAAGUGGUAGAUCAGUGCUCAGAGAUUCUUAGGGAAUUAGAAACCUCAGGAGGUGGAAUUUCAAGCCGUGGAGCGACCCCUUAUCACACACUUCUUUCUACCACAUCGUCAACAGGAGGCUGGUGCGUUCGCUCUUCCUCUUUCCAGACUCCCGUGCAGUCUUCCGCUUCUACGCAGAACCCCGUGGGAGGGGAGAGGAGUGAACUGGGAGAGGUGCUACAGAUUCAAGUGGAGGAGGAGGAGGAGGAGGAAGAUGAUGAUGAAGACCAGGGGUCAGCAGCACUCUCUCAGACUCCUCAGCCUGCGAGAGCAUCGGCAGGUCCCCACCCGCUGCCCACAUCUGCUACUCCCCGCAGGCUUCCAGAGGACGAGAGUGCACCACUUGAACCUCCUGCCCCUCCUUCUGCACCGCCCCCCAAAAUCUUCUACAUUAAGCAGGAACCCUUUGAGCCUAAGGAGGACAUAUCAGGAGGUGGAACUCAGUCUGGAGGAGUAAAGGAGGAGACCACAGUGUUUCCUGGAGGGACCACUGAAGGGAGUGAAGAGCUAGGGUUCUUGCCGCCCUCCGGAGCAGGGGCAACAUCUGGAGGAGGUGGUCCAUCCUGGAAGCCAGUGGACCUUCAUGGCAAUGAAAUCCUGUCUGGGGGAGGGGGCCCUGGGGGAGCGGGGCAGGCUGUUCAUGGGCCUGUGAAGCUAGGGGGGACACCUCCCGCAGAUGGAAAAUGUUUUGGUUGCUUGUGUGGGAAGCGGUUUGCAGUGAAACCAAAGCGUGACCGGCACAUUAUGCUGACAUUCAGCCUUCGGCCCUUUGGCUGUGGCAUCUGCAACAAGCGCUUCAAGCUGAAGCACCAUCUGACAGAGCAUAUGAAGACCCACGCGGGAGCCCUGCAUGCCUGUCCCCACUGCGGUCGCCGGUUCCGAGUCCAUGCCUGUUUCCUUCGCCACCGGGACCUGUGCAAGGGCCAGGGCUGGGCCACCGCUCACUGGACUUACAAGUGACUGCUGAGGCCAUACACUAACUUCUAGGAUAAGAGAGCCACUACUGCUGAUGGAUACUUACCCCUCACUACCAUGGCACCCCUAUCGUGGAUCUUGUAAUCAUGCCAAGAGGAUAAAUAUGUUAUGGACCUCAACCUGGCAUAUUUGGAAACUCAAGGUUUCUCAUCUCUGCAGGUUUUUACUAAUCACCUUACGGGAAAGUGGUUUACAGGCCAUGUGUAAAUUGGUCACUUGCCCACAAUAGACCUUUUCAUACAGGAAACCACAUUUCAGAUUAGAAAUAUAUUUGAAGAGAGAAGAGUUAGAACAAAAAGAUAUAAUGAUAAAUGUUUCAUUCUGUCUCCAUGAGGAGUUAAAGGAGCUGGUCUCCAUCUAGGGAUAUGUUUGAUGUAGGGUUCUAGUAAUUCAGGGACUGAGCUCUAAGUUUUUCUUCCCCUCAUUGCUGAAAUGUGAGUAGAGUUCUUUUUUUAUGUACUUUCCUUGUUAUGUCUUUCCAGAAGCCCCUCAGAUCAUAACUUGCUUUCUCACUAAUAGAUAACUCCCCAUCACCUUUAUUUUUUAUGUUGUAGUUGAGCACUUUAACAAAUUGAGCAAUCCAUGUGUCAUUCCUAGAACCCUCUUUAAUAGAGGGUAUUCCCUCAACAGCCUGUGCCUCUUGUCUACUUUUGACCACCACCGAUCAUUCAUUUAUUGAUCAUAGUGACUGGAACGUAUGUGACCAGUGAACUCAGGAGAUGGCCACUGACCUAAAAUGCUCUCAAGGUAGCACCACUACCCUGAACAAGUGGCUUUGGUCAGGGGGAUUCAGGGCCGAGACAGCACAUACUGAAGGCUAGAGAGUAACUGUAUAGUGGACCACACCCCCUCCCUUACCAUCCCACUCGCACAUGACAGCCCCUUGGUUGAGAGGUAGAAGGGCAGAUUUUGGGAUGGGAAGAUUGUCGUAGAUUACUUAAUUUCUUCAAAUAAACUUUGCCUUGGAGUUGAGAGCUGA